AUGAAUGUUAUCUACUCGGUGAAAGAUUACGUGAGCAACGUUUUCCACCAGGACUCAGGAUCGGGUGCCAGUGACGUCGUGGUUGUGCAGCAGUCCGAUGGCUUGCUGCAUUGCUCACCCUUUCACGUGCACUUUGGUUCGUUGCACAAACUAAAGCCGAUAGGCAAGCAGCAGGUCACGCUCGAAGUCAAUGGCCACGUCGUCGAUGGCGUUCGUAUGAAGAUAGAUGCUGCCGGUGAAGUAUAUUUUGUCCACCAAGUAAACGAACCUGUAGACGAACAAGAUUACUCAAGCUUACCAAGUCCUUCCAGCAGCAUUGGAGACAUGGACAAAUUGGUGCAAAAUGACUCCUUUGUCGCUAAGGAGAAUGCACUGGAGCCUCAAGAUGAAGAAGAUGUAGCAUGCCACGGUCAACGACAGUUGCAGGGAUUGGACACUCUGCCCAGUGUGAAUGAAGUGACUGCGUCUGAGGACGAAGAUCUGCCUAGAAUGGUGAAAUGUGCCUCGGUAUAUUUCGACGCGGUCGACACUGAAGCUACGAUGGCUGCAGACGGAAAUUAUGUUGCUUACUACGACCACCCCAUCAUGUCGCUUUGUGGUCAUUUGCUGGACGAAGCCGAAACAAAGCAAGACGUGCAUCGGAUUUUCUCCGAGCACAUUGUCACCUAUGACUUAUUUCGGGCGAACUCGGCAAGUAUUUUAGCAAACCCGGAGUUGCGUUUUCUAGUCGAUGGAAACGUGACGUCGUAUGAUAGAGACAUGCAAGCGUACUUGGUUUCUCGAGUCCUGUUCCCGUAUUCACAACAUUUGUCGGUAGGCACAUCGCUGAGUGGAAAUGGAGACAAAACGGACGUAUCGAUGGAAUUGCAGACAGGUGAUGCGAAAAGCGGAGUCAUGACUCGUAAGGAGGAUUCUGUGUUUAGUUUUUCUCACUCGGCACUAGGGCUCGGCCCUGUUACAUUGGAGCGGCUAGACGAAGACUGCAGUGAUGACGCUGGAUCAACCCAGGACACUGCUAGUAUUACUAGUGAGUGUUAUUACAAAAAGAGUCUCAAGCCAACUCAAGAGGAACUGCUGGAAAUGGAUCUGCGCUUCAGUACCAACGAUAUCGCGUUUGUGCUGCAAUCAUACGGGGUGGGUGAGGUGGCUCGUGUGAUGGCAAAUUUGUACUUAUGGCCAGUCACAACAAAAAUUGUAAUUGUUCAGAUCGAUGGAGCAAUUAUAAGUAGCGGGGCCACGGGUCGCAUGUUCAAGCGCAGAGACCUUGCCUCGAUGCAUCCAGGAGCAGCAGCAUUUUACUCGAAGCUGGCACGAAAUGGGUACCGAGUCGUGUAUGUCACGAGUCACGGUAUUUCGCAGGCCAAGUUGCAUCAAAUACUUCGUCAAAAUAGCGCUGGUGAUGCUGAGGACAUUACGCUGCCGAUGGGUCCUGUACUUCUUUCACCUGAUCGACUUCUCGCCUCCGACAGCAAUGAGAUUACGGAUACACAAGGUUUGAUGAUUGCUGCGCUCGAUGGUUUGCGAUCUCUCUUCCCGCGUUGUGUGAACCCGUUCUAUGCGGCAUUCGGCAUAACUCAGGCUGACAGCGUUGUGUUCAAGCAAGUUGGCGUAUUUUCAGGGAAGGUGUUUAUCAUCGAUCCUAUUGACGGCAGUCUUCGACACCAUUCUUUGAUGGGCUUCCAUGAGUCCUACACGAGUCUACUAGAUCGCAUGGACGCCAUGUUUCCACCCAUCUACUCUCAGACGACUCAGGUUCCGAGCUCUUCUCAAAGAAGUGCUCAAUCUGUCGUAGGGACGCUUCAGCCAGUGCCAAGCAACCUAAGCACAUCUGCAUAUUUGGUCAAGGAUGAAGCGCAAUUCGCCUUUGAGGCGGAUGCGCCUUCGGUCUGCACACGAAGUCUUACUGACGAGGCGUACAAUGACGUAAACUUCUGGCGACUGAAGCCAGGAAACGUCUAA